CCUCAUAAACACAAACUCUCUCAUUUAUAAUCACAUGGCUGAAUACACAGAAAACUUGCAAAGCAUUAGACCCUCCUCAUUUCCUUUCUUAGAUAUUGAUCCAAGCAUGGAACUCCUUAACCAAUUCAUAGGGAUGAACCAACAUGUUCUCGAAAACACAAACUUGACUAUGCACAACUUGAUGCCUUUCUCCUGUGACACCUUCUUGGGUCCCCAAGAACCUGAGUUUCCAGGAAACUUGGAAGAAAAUUUCCCUUCUCUUAAUUCACUUCCUGUUUCCCUCCCCAUUUUCCAAGCAGAAAACGAGUUCCAUGAAGGUAAAAAGAGGAAAACAAUGGAUCUUCCUGAGACCAGUUCAGCUAACUCAACUCCUGCAGUUUCUGACAGUGGAACUGGAAGCAAGAUUAAACAUAGUUCUGGAAGAGGAAAGAGAGUAAAAAACAAUGUAACAGAUGAGGAGAAAGCAAAGGAAGUGGUUCAUGUUAGAGCCAGAAGAGGUCAAGCUACUGAUAGUCACAGUUUAGCAGAAAGGGUUAGAAGAGGGAAAAUCAACGAGAAAUUAAGGUGCUUGCAGAACAUUGUUCCAGGAUGUUACAAGACCAUGGGAAUGGCAGUGAUGUUGGAUGAAAUCAUAAACUAUGUGCAGUCCUUGCAGCAUCAAGUAGAGUUCCUUUCUUUGAAGCUUACUGCAGCAAGCACCUUUUAUGACUUCAAUUCCGAGACAGAUGCUUUGGAAACAAUGCAGAGAGCAAGGGCAUCCGAGGCAAAAGAGUUAGCAAAAUAUAAGAGAGAAGGGUAUGGAGGAGUUUCUUGCUUUCAACCAACAUGGCCUCUUUGACUUCAGUUUUGGAUGUUUUAACUCAGAAGCCAUAAAUACACGACAUGAGAUCUCACACUUCUUCAUCUGCUCUUUUACUUUCUACAAAGUUUAAAAGAUCAAUUUGUUUCCACUAUGUGCUGCCAGCACAAGUGGACAUUCUUGCUUGUACAAUCCUUCAGACAUGUGUAGAAAUGAAUUAAUAAAAAAAUUAGAGUCUACAUUUCAUAUAUAUAUAUAUAUUUUGUGGUUGCA